AUGCAAAUCCGACAAACCAGGGACGUGGUCUACUCCAAAUUGGAAAACGAGACCUUUUCGUCGGUCUUCGUGAAGGACUACUUCACCGAAAAGUCCGGCAGCGCGCAGAGGGACCCCUCCUCCUGGUUCCAGGGCCUCUCCAAGGACUCCUACGACAUCCCCUCCUGGAGGUGGACUCCGAAUCUCAACACCAACGAUAAGGGCAACAUCCUCAACGCCUAUGCGACGGUCGUGUCCGAUAAUUCGACCGGCGAGGUGUCCCUGUUCUUCGGGCUGGACCGCGAGGCCCAGAACGGAGCGGCCACGGUCGGUUACUGGUUCCUUCAGGGCCCCAACUUUGGCCUCGGCAGGGCCAUCAACAAGAAUGCCUACGCCUUCAACGGCCAGCACAAGGACGGCGACUUGCUCAUUGUGGCGGACUACCCUGGACAGGGCAGUGGCACGCCGGCCAGCAUCCAGCUUCUCAUGUGGAGUGGUGGCAACGUGAGCCAAAUCUUUUACACGGACACGAAAGCCGCCUGCAACCCCGACGAUGCCACCCAGACCGUUUGUGCUGUGACCAACGACUACGAGAACAUCACUUCGCCGUGGUACUACGACGGCAAGUUUGCUCAGGGCUACACCAUCCCUGCUCGCAACUUCUUUGAAGGUGGCAUCCUGCUGAACGGAUUGGUGGACCUCGCCGGUCUCGCCUAUCUUCCCUGCUACUCGUCCUUCUUGGCGACGACCCGGGUGUCCAACCAGGUCAACUCCGUGUCGAUGGACUUUGCCUACGGCGCGCUGCACAAGUGCGGCCUCACCAUCGAUGCCGAUUGCCUUGGCGGACGCCAGCUCGUGCUCGACCUCAACACGACCAAGUACACCAUUCCUCCUUUUGAGUGGAACUACACCGUCUCGGUCACCAAUCAGGGCUACAACGAUCUCUUCGACGUGGUGGUGGAGCUGAACGGCGACGUCAUCUACGACGUCGGCACCCUCAAGAGCCAAGAGAUCUUCUUCGAGAACGGCACCGUUCCGACCAACGCUUCGGAGAUCGACAUGGUCUUCAAGGCCAGCGCCACGGGAAACCUAGGACGGACGGUCGUGGUGGACAGCUACAACCCUUGCACGUCUCCCGUGCCUGUGUCGGACAACGGACUCACCCCGGGGGAGAAGGCUGCUAUUGCCAUUGGCGGCUUCGUUGCGGCCGCCGUCGUUGUUGCUGCCGUUGCUGGCCUCGUCGCCGCCGGUUAUGUGGCAAUGCGACACAUGAAUGCUGCCCCGCCUCCUGAAGAACUGGUUUCAGAGCUGACCGACCAAGGUAACGACGCAGCUGGCGUCAACAGUCUCUUUGAAGACAACGUCACAGAGGGAGUGAACCCAAUGUUCAACAGUUCCCCUGCUGUGUAA